AGUGCAGUAGAAAUUCCAGCUUUACACCGCAGCUAAUAAGGAGGACGUCUCCGUUUGAACCCCGGAGUCUUUGACAGGCAACAGUUCAAGCUCUGUCGGCAAAGACUCUUUCCUACUCCGAGAAAAAGAGGCAAAUUAAAAAGACACAAUGAAUCAUCCAGUUGCGCAGAUGACUUCCUGAUAACAUUCCUGAAAAUGUUCCAUGCGUGUUGGUAUGUGCUAGAAGAUGGCGGAGUCAGACGGAGGCGAUUUUAUUCCGAAACACUCGGAGAGCAGUAUGGCUAACAAGAAUAGCACCCUGCGCUGCACUUUCUCCGCCCCGAGCCACAGUGCCACGCUCCUCCAGGGCUUGUCGGUUUUGCGGGCUCAGGGUCAGCUCCUGGAUGUGGUGCUGGCUGUCAAUGAGGAGCACUUCCAGGUCCAUAAAGCAGUGCUGGCCGCCUGUAGCGAUUAUUUCAGAGCUAUGUUUACUGGAGGCAUGAAGGAGUCAAACCAGGACACCAUUGAGCUGAAGGGUUUGUCCGCCCGAGGGCUGAAACAUAUCAUCGACUUUGCCUACAGCUCAGAUGUAACUUUAGACCUGGACUGUAUUCAGGACGUCCUGGGUGCUGCCGUGUUUCUCCAGAUGGUUCCGGUAGUAGAGCUGUGUGAGGAGUUCCUUAAGUCUGCAAUGAGCGUGGAGACCUGCCUUCACAUUGGGCAGAUGGCCACCACCUUCAGCCUGUCUUCCCUCAGAGAGUCCGUGGAUGCCUUCACCUUUCGUCACUUCCUCCAGAUUGCCAAGGAGGAUGACUUCCUGCACAUUCCCAUGGAGCGCCUCGUCUUUUUCCUGCAGAGCAACAAGCUGGAAAACUGCAAAGAGAUCGACCUCUUCCACGCUGCCAUCAGGUGGCUCCGGCAUGACGAGUCCCGCCGAGCUCAGGCCAGCAGCGUCCUCUGUCAUGUUCGCUUUCCGCUCAUGCUCUCCUCGGAACUGGUAGACAGCGUUCAGACGGUGGAUAUCAUGGUGGAGGACGUUUUAUGCCGGCAAUAUCUCCUUGAGGCCUUCAACUAUCAGAUUCUUCCCUUCCGACAGCACGAGAUGCAGUCCUCGCGGACACGUAUUCGCUGUGACGUAUUUUCCCUUAUCACCUUCGGGGGGACUCCGUACACCGACAACGACCGCACAGUGAGCACCAAGGCUUACUACCUUCCGGACGCUGCCUCCCGUCAGUUCAAAGAGCUUACAGAGAUGGAGACGGGAUGCAGCCACUCUUGCGUCGCCGUGCUUGACAACUUUGUGUAUGUCGUGGGCGGGCAGCACUUGCAGUACCGCAGCGGAGAGGGCGCAGUGGACAACUGUUUCCGCUACGACCCACAUCUCAAUCAGUGGCUACGCAUCCAGUCCAUGCAGGAGGCUCGCAUCCAGUUCCAGCUCAGUGUCCUGCAGGGACAACUGUACGCCACCGGAGGACGUAAUCGAUCCGGCAGUCUGUCUUCCGUGGAGUGUUACUGCCCGAAAAAGAACGAGUGGUCUUACGUGGAACCGUUAAAACGGAAGAUUUGGGGCCACGCUGGGACCUCGUGUAGAGAGAAGCUGUACAUCUCUGGCGGUUACGGCGUCUCUUUGGAUGACAAGAAAACACUCUUUUGCUACGAUCCAGUGUCAGACCAAUGGGACUUUAAAGCCCCCAUGCAUGAGCCCAGAGUGUUGCACGCCAUGAUCGGCACCCAACAUCGUGUUUACGCUCUGGGUGGCCGCAUGGAUCAUGUGGACCGCUGUUUCGACGUGCUGGCAGUGGAGUAUUACAAUCCGGAGAGCAACCAGUGGACCACCGUCAGUCCUAUGAGAGCGGGACAGUCCGAGGCGGGCUGCUGCCUGCUGGACACAAAGAUCUACAUCAUAGGGGGCUAUAACUGGCACCUGAAUAACGUCACAAGCAUCGUUCAGGUGUACAACACAGAGACGGAUGAAUGGGAAAGAGAUCUGCACUUUCCUGAAUCGUUCGCUGGCAUCGCCUGUGCGCCGAUUAUCCUCCCUCAGAACACCCCCCAACACUAAGCUCCUGAUCGCAACUGUGAAGAAGAUUGUUCCGCAUGCUCCUCCUACCGCCUGGGAAUUUAAGUGAAGGUUUGGACAUCUUUUUUUUGUUUUUUUUGUCUUCCUUUAACAGAAAUGUUUUAAACCGUUUUUUUUUUUUUCAUAUGAGCAUCAAAGUUCAUGGUUAUGUUCGCUGAUAAUCAAGUUUUAUUCUAUAGAUUCUAAAUCUGAAGAAUUAUAAGAAUCCUUGAAGAAUAAUCCAGUUAUGAAUAUUGCUGAGUUUUUACAGGACAGUUCUAUAAAAGUGUAAAAUUUGAUUGCUAUAUUUUACAGAAAUUAAGGAUAAUAAAGAUUAUGAUCAAAUCUAUCUUUUUAAAGCCUUUACUCUUUAUUCCUUUUUCAAAAUGUUUUUUGUCCUUUAAUCUAUCCUUUGUUCCUUCCCUUUGUCCUUCCUCUCUUCCAUAGUUUUUCUCAUCCCUUCUUUCCUGUCAAUUUUUCCUUGUGUCUUUCCUUGACUCCUUGGGUGCUGCUUCUCUGCUGUUUCUUUCUGCUCCCCCUUUUGUUCUGGAUGCUUUCAUCCAUGCAUUUCCUCCAUGGUUCUUCCCUCCUUUCCUUGAAUCCUUCCUUCCUUCUGUAGAAAUCUGCUAUAGUUUUGGUGAGUGUUUGGAUUUUACAUCUUAAAAUGGCAACAACACAGAAAAGUCAGGGAUGUGGAUAUGAAACAAGUGUAGAAACCUGGUUUGUUGACUGCUUGUCAUUUGUAAAAGUAUUAUCACAGGCCAGCUAAAUGGCAUAGUAUUCUCUAAAAGACAGCAGCUUUUGGUAUGAAAAUAUAACUACAUUUUAAUAGUGAUCAAGUACCAAUCAAGGGCUUAAGUUACAAAAAGCACAAAUAAAUGAUUUGUCAUUUAAUCCAAUUAGACAUUCCUUACUGAAUCGGCAUUUAAAACGUAUGGUUUUAUAUUGUAGCAAAGUAUUUUUUUUUUUUUUAACAUUUAAUUCAUCUCUUAAUCUGUUGCAGUUGAACUUUUCUAAUCAACGAGUUACAUAUCAGCAAAUGAUACCUGCACUAUUAUAAGUAUUGGGUUUCCUAGUUUUGACUAUGUUCUAAUCUGUUUUCUAAACUCAAAUAUUUUUCUGAUGUUGAAUUUGUUUUUUCUUAGUUAUAGUCUCAACUGCAGACCUCUUACGGCAGCUACAUGCAUCAUUUUUGUGUGUAAUACAGUGUAGUCUGGAUCUUUUUUCUAUUCUAAAGCUAUAUGUUUAAUAUCUACAAGUUCUGAGUUUCCUAUAUUUUUUUUUUUUUUUUUUGGAGCAGCCCUUGCAACAAUAAAGCUAUAUUUAAACAAGACUCCAUUGAGAGGAUAAAUGUAUUUGUUUAACAGUUAGUUAACCUUUUGUUUUGCCUUUUGAAUUAGAACACCUUCAUGUUAGCGAAGGGAUGUUUUUAAAAACUCGUCUCCUGUCUGCUUGCCUUCAUGUGUGUCUUGUUCUACCUGUACCAAUCAAAGCACAUUAUAAUGUCAAAGUGCAAUUCAGUGAAAACUGAUGUACUCUAAGGGGAAUGUACACGUUUAUGUGGCUUUAUGUCAAUCUUUAUUAAAGGUGCAUCGUUUUAAAAAUGGAA